UUUCAUUUAAAACGCGUCUCACGUGGCCGAUUGGCGGGACCGGGGACGCUGAACUUUCACACCUUUGCGCAUCGUUGUUAUUUCUGUUGUCAUUGUUAAUAUUAGUAGUAUUUCUGCUUGUUUUUGUUUUGCUCGCCGUGAGCAUGGUUGCCGCGCUCCGCUCCGUGCUCGUGUCCGUGACUCUAGCUGCGGUUGCGCGCCUGUCCACCGCCGUGGGCGCGGUGAUCCGCUGCGAGCCGUGCGACGCAGGAGCGCGGACGCUGUGCGAUCCCGUGCCCGAGGACUGCGUGGAGCGGGUGCGCGAGCCGGGCUGUGGCUGUUGCGUGACGUGCGCGCUGGCCGAGGGUCGAGCGUGCGGGGUUUACACGGGGCGCUGUGGUGCGGGGCUGGUCUGCCGACACCGGCCAGGCGAACCGAGGCCACUGCACGCGCUGCUGGAGGGCCGAGGGGUGUGCGUGAACCAGACCGCACCUCCUUCUUCAGCCAGCGCUCGACAAGAGGGUGCCAGGAUGCCCGAGGAAGAUUCCAGCAGCAACACAACGAGCCAGUCUGUGCCAGCUGGACACGAGCAGUCAACGGAUGUCUCUCCCUCCCACAAUCGGCGUACCCCGCCCUACGGGCUUCACCCCAAAGCUGAGGACAUCCGACGGGAGCAAAUCCGGAAGAGCCAGAGCUUCAAAAUCGAGAAAUCUCCGACAGCAGCCUCUUCCAACCAUGAGAACAUUGCCUUCGAGUCCAUGCUGGAGCGAGAAUAUGGUCCAUGUCGACGGGAACUGGAUGGCAUACUCAACAUGGUGAAGGUCGCACACAUGGUGAACGCCCGAGGCUUUCGCAUCCCGAACUGCGACAGGAAAGGAUUCUACAGGAAAAAGCAGUGCUGGCCGUCUAAAGGUCGGAAACGAGGCAUAUGCUGGUGCGUGGACAAGUACGGCCAGGCCCUGCCCGGCUUCGAAGGAAAGGAGAGAGGAAGUGUGCAGUGCUACACUAUGGAGAGCCAAUAAACAAAAGCAGACGGGGGGAUAAAAGAAAGAGAACGAGAGAUCGAUGAAGUGUGUGUACACUGAAGAGUCUCCACGCUCAGACGCAAGAUGGACUUGUGUGUCGAUGCUCCAGGGGGAAAAAAAAACAAAAACAAUGUGGGGGCUUCAAAUUCUGGGCUUUUCCAAGUUUCAGCAAGCUCUAAUUUAUUUCUGUCCUCCACACUUUAGCAGCAGUGGAACCCUAGAUGCUAUUAGGAGAGAAAAAGGGAUGAGAGGAUGUCUCAGAAGGCAGGAGAGCUGUAGUGAGUCUGGGUUGAGACAGUAAAGAAAAAAAAAGGACAUGGAAGAAGACACUAAAGCUAUAGAGCACUUUCUGUAAGUAUGUGUGUUUGUGUGUUUGUGUGUGUGUGUGUGUGUGUGUGUGUGUGUGUGUGUGUGUGUGUGGCUACUAUAAUAACCUCCAUAUGUGCCUCUGUGUCUUCAUUAACCAUCAGUGACAUUGCAAAGCUUAGUUUCAACCUUCGCUACACCUUCCUCUUGCAGAGAAAUUGGGAAUUGGAAUAAAACAGAACUUGACUGUUUGGCUUCUGUAUCAAAAGCAUGUGCAUGAUGCAUGAAUACAACCGUAUAAACUCACUAUAUUAGGACUGAUCAUAAAUCCUUCAAGACUUCCAUAUCUACUUCAUUUCCUCAGCAUAUACAAUAUUUCUUAUCCAACUAUCUUAAAAUGUUCUAUAAACAAAUGUGCCAUUGCUUCAAGAGACAUUCUAAACACAGCAGCAUUUUUUAUUUUUUUUUUCCUUUUUUCGAGCGACAGCGAGCCAUUUUUUCCGGCUUUUAAUCGAGUGAGAAAAGCUGAAAGCUUUCCAGAAGAAUUCCUUGUUCCAUGCUCUCUAACUUGAGCCAGAAUAGUAUUGUUUUGUUGAUGUUUUUAAUUGUGUAUACUGUCUUUAUGUCACAAGGUUUUGGUUCUCAUUGCUUUAUAUGUUCAGGAUGUUCUGUUUGUUUAAAAUUUCUGACUGUGGCUUUAAAUGUUUGUUUUGUUUUUUGUUUUGUUUUGCUCAAUCUUUUUCUACCAACUGCCAUAAAUGUGUAAAAUCCCUAAAUCUGGCAUAAAAUAUUAAAAUUCCCAACUUAAAUGAGUUAGACUUAUGUAAAAAUGAAGAAUUUUACAGUGUGUAAAACUGCAAAACUCGCACUGCUUUACAUUUAUUAUGAAAUCUAACUGCAGUAAAAUUCAAAAGCACCAAACUACCAAACUAGAGUAAAAAACAUACAAAUUCACAUCUAAAAUAGUAAAUACUCUUAUGUAAAACGGUCAGAUUGUGUCCCAAAUUGAAAUUUAGAAAAAUCCUACAUAAAAUUAUAAAAAUGCAAAUUGUAAAAUCGCCAAAUGUUGUAAAAGACUAAAACUGUUCAGUUACUUUAUUAUCUGAAGUCAGGUUUGGUAGAUAAACCCCCAAAGACAUGAUGAAAUGAUUCUACCUCCGUGAAGAUAACAGGAAAACAGCGAAAGGCUAAAGAUAUUCCAGUUUGAUCUAAAUGGCUGAAAUAUAAUUCAAGCUGUUUAACAUUCUAGUUACUCGGUCGGCUUAUUAAGUUUCCGAGCCAAUGAGAAUCUGGAGCUAGUGCAAAAGGAAAUGCACCAGACAAAUUAGCAAGGCAGUUGUUUCUUUAACAUGACAAGAGUCUAAUAAAAUGAACCUUGAAUCACACAACAAAAGACUUCCAUCACUGCACAUGCUUCACUUUUUAUUCUUAUGUAUUUUCACUUUCUUAGUUCUUUUGUGACCAAAGGCAAACUUUGCUGCGAACAGAGAAACCAAGUACAAAUUAAACACAUACUCAGGCUGCUGGUCAUAUUCCAUUGCUUCUAGUACAGUACAAUGUAGCCUUUUUCUUUAGUAUACUGGCUUCUUUUGGACAAAAAUCCCCAUUGUGAUAAGCUAUAUGCAAUAAAUAAACAAGAAACCAAAAAACUUCUACCUGGGGACAUUACAGCACAUCAUGUGUAAACAGUAUUUUUUAAUUAAUUACCUUGUGGUUAGAUUUAUUAUAUAUAUUUUUUUUUAAAUAAAGUGUCAGGUUAUUCCCAGUGCCUUAAAACGGGGCGAUAUAUCUGUGUAUAUUUUUACUUUCAAUAAUUAAAGAUCUAAUUUAAGGAACUGG